CAGGUUUUACAUUCGUUCACUUUGUUACAUUCCCUCCAGUCAUUAAAAGUGAGUCUCCGCUAACAUUAGCAUAGCAUCGUUCUUGAUGGAGUGUCUCUUUUUCUGCACAAGUUUGCACAUGUUCACACAAGUUCGUAGAGAUACACGGUUCAAAUCACGCUUGUUGGUGAAAGAUCAUACAGCAACAGUAGGAACAGGUUUGGUUUAAUCCAACGGCACUUAGCUGCGCGGUCUGCUUGGGAGUUGUUGUUUUUUUUGUUCGCCCUCUCGCCCUGUUCAUUGUCUUGCUGGUAGUUCGCGACAUCGGUGGGCUGCUGAGCUGUGUUUGUGAAUGGAAAUGAUGCAUAAAGCAUCAUGAAGCGGACCAGCAGCGGUGGUCAGAACAGGGCAACAGUGGUAAUAGAAAUUGGUUCGUCUUAAACAGUGUUUCGGUUUGUUUCGACGUGAAUUGCUGUGAAAAAGUGUGUUUUUUUGGAAGGAGCAACAGUUAAAAAAGCGAGGAAUCUAUCAAAUAGCCAAUAGAAACAUCACCAGCUACGGAACAUACAACAGGUGUUUUGAAGACGUUUCGCCUAGAUAAAGCGCAGUAGGAGGGAUCCCUUUUUUCUUUGAACUGGACAUUGGGUACCUCCCCCGCCUAGCAUCCCCGCCAAAAAAUGGACAUCUCGCAAACAUCCCCUUCAAGACGUAGCAGCAUUCCGAUACCGAAACGAAAAACAUCGCUCCACCUGUACAUUGCCGGUGGCGGUGGUUCAUCUUCAAACUCAUCGUCGAACGUCGGUUCGGCUUCGGCUUCGAUAAACGACGAUGAACCUUCGUUCACGCGCAGCAUGCUCGGUUCAUUCAUACAAGCGGAUUCAUCGCCCGGUGGCGUUGGUGUUGCGGGUGCAGGAAGCGGCACAACGGUCAGCACGCCGUCCGAUUACGUUCAGCUAAAGGAAAGCCACAACCGACUGAUGGAAAAGUGCGAACAUUUGACCAAACGCAACGCCCAGCUUGAAACAUCGAACGAACAGCUCAACUACAAUGUAAAGCAGCUCGUUGGAGAUCUGGAAAACUCGCAGCGUGUACUAACGGACUUUACGGAGAAAAACCGGCGCCUAAGACGUAAGCUAUCCGAAAUCAUUCCUACACCAGCGCCCGGCGUGGAAGGUGUCACCGUUGACGCGGUAGAGAGCGAUGACGAGGGGCCAGAUGCUUUGCCGACUCGUACACGGGAUUCGGGGUCAGGUGCAACCGGAACCACGGUCGGAACUGAGCCGAGCGGAAAGGGUACCGAGGUGGACAGUUUGCUGAAUGAAAUGGAAAAGCUCAAGUCCUACCUGAACAACGUGGAGCUACAGCUGUACGAGGCGAAUGAAAAAAUCUCGGAACUGUUGGAAAAUAAGCAACAGUACGAGGAAACGAAUCGGAAACUGCGAGAGGAAAAUGCGGAACUAAACAAGGUGGCCCGGCUAAUGUCACGAAACAUGCUGGAAUCAAUCGAUACUAGUAAAAGGCUGGAAAACUCGUUCAUUCAGGUGCAACGCGAACGUGACCACUUGGUGCGUCAAAAUCGCGAUUCUGUCGACUCGAAAACAAGCACAAACGAAGAGAUUCAAAAGAUGCGCUCCGAAAUUGAGCUGCAGAGGAAAACGUACGAGGCACAAUUCAUCGAAUAUAAAAGUCUCAUGAGCGAAGAGCACGAGCGCAAGACGAACGAUCAGAUCGUUGCCCUUGAGCUGGAGGUCGAGGGGUUGCGGCAGCAGCUGGACGAAGCGCUGCAGCGGGCCGAACGGGCCGAGGGCGAGGUGCUAGCGCUACGACAGCAGCUCCGUAUCAGCCGGCUGCGAGAGUGGCAAAGUUCUGCCAGCCCGGGCUCCACGAACAUCGUUGGAAUUUCCGAAGUUCUGGACAGUGACGAUCCGCUGGUGUCGCUGCUAGGCCAGUGCAGUCUGACUGAAGGUUCCCCGGCCGGGACCUCUUCCCAUCUCUCACACGUCGCAACCAAUGUACCUGCACAACCACCUUCCCUUCCACCACCACCACCGCCACCACCGCCGCCACCGGCCCCACCGCUACCAGCUAACAAUUUCGCUAACAGCAAGCACCUAACCUCCACCGGGACGGCUGACGGCUGCGACCGGGCGCUUGGCUUGAGCGAGGCGAUUUCGCAGCAGAAAUUAAAUCACGUGGCAAUAACGAAUGUAAAUAGCCAGCACCCGGCAACAGGUCUAGAUUCGGUGAUUGCUGACAUCAAAAGUGGAAAGGUGACGUUAAGGCGACGGCGUCCCAACCUACCCAACCAUUCCGCCGGCGACGAGACAACCGGUACCAGUGACAGUAUUAGAGAUAGUGAGCAGGACUACAACCAGAUGGUCGCUCGCAAUCCCGGCCUGAAGGAGAUGUAUGACAUUUUGGCGAAGAUGAAACGGCGCAACCGGAAAUCGAAAAUUAUUGUCGAAUCAGAGCUGAUUGGCCGGGGCCAGGACGGCACAGAUGGUGCGGCCCGACGGACCCGUUUGCUGAUGGAUGUAACCGAUUUAUGAGACCACGCCGGCUACUACACACACGCUGCAUUUCGAAGUUUAUAUUUUUUUAACAACUGCCUUUAAUCCCACAAUAAUGAGAAUGUUUACCACGAGUUAGUGAAUUUUUAUUAACACUUUUACGCACUAGUUGUUUGUAUUAGGCCGAACGAAGAAGAAGGUGCUAUAGAACUAAAAUAAAUUUUUACUACAUUUUCUCUAUUAAA